UUCAUCUUUUAAUAUCCUUUAUAAUUAAGAGUAAUUGGUUCAUUUUCAAUCACUUCUGCCUUCUCGUUAAUCACAAAACCAUCUCUCUGUAAUGGCAUUCAUAGCCAACGUAAAAAUCAGCUUCUUUCUUGUCUUAAUCUGUUUUGUAACCUUUUCUUCUUUGCAUACAACAACAGAAGCGUGUCAUACAACUGAUAGAGUAGCUCUGCUUGAUUUCAAGAGUAAAAUCAGUGAAGAUCCUUAUGGACUAUUACAAACGUGGAAUCAAUCCACUGAUUGUUGUACCAAAUGGGAAGGUAUCGGUUGUGAUUCCAACGGUCGUGUGGUGCGUCUUGUACGCACUGGCGGAUAUUUCCGAUAUCAAGGCGACUUUGAGUUCAUGAUCGGAACUAUUUCUCCCUCAUUAAGUGAACUCGAGUUUCUCAGCUGGUUAAACCUUGGUGGCCACAAGCAUUUAACCGGAACGAUCCCCCCGGAGCUUGGGAAGUUAUCACACCUUACUACUCUAUACCUCUAUGACAACAAACUAGAGGGUUCAAUUCCGGCAUCAUUUCAAAAUCUUCACAAACUCAAAUUUCUGCAACUCAACGAUAAUCUUCUAUCAGGUACAGUUCCCGCAAAUUUAUUUCAACAUAUGUCUUCUCUUUCGCAGCUUGAUUUAUCCAAAAAUCAGUUAUCUGGCAGAAUUCCAUCAUCAAUUGGUAAACUAGUUUCACUGCAGACUCUAGAUUUCAAGCAAAACAAGUUCUCAGGCAGUAUACCAACUGCAAUCGGUUUCCUGAAGAAAUUGAGUUAUUUAACCUUAUCGAACAACCAGAUUUCCGGUUGCAUUCCAAGUUCAAUUUCCGAACUAAAAUCUCUUAACGUUGUUUACUUAUCAAAUAACAAACUUACCGGUAUCCCGGCAUUUCUGAGUAAUACCGCGCCGCUUGAGGUUUUGAUGCUUGAUAACAACAUGUUAACAGGCAAUUUACCUGACAGUCUUGGUAAUCUUACAAAACUUAUUACUUUAUCUGUAAAAAACAACCGUCUUACAGGUAAGAUUCCUUCAAUUUAAGCAAUCUAGUCUAUCUUCGAACUCUCGACCUCUCUACAAAUGGUUUGUCUGGUUCAAUUCCUCCAGCAGUAAUAAACAUUCGGAACCUCAUGCAAUUUAAUGUGUCCUACAACAAGUUGACAGGGAAAAUUCCUCCCCACAAGAGAAAUAUCCUGCUUCUUCUUUCGAGGGCAACUCUGGCUUAUGUGACUCUCCACUUCCUUGUAAAACUGCUUUUGCAUCUUUCUGAUUGUUCCGUUUGUUUAGAUAAUAACAAUAAUCAAGAACUUAAUAUAAAUUUGUUUUGCUUUAUUACCAGAUGUCUUACUAAUUAAUUAUCUCGUGCUUAACAGUCAUCAU